UCACGAUACAUUGCUAUUGAAUAAGAGACAUAUACAUUAAGAAGCUAUAGUAUAUCGGGCAAAGAAGUGACCCAUGAGGCAUUUGAUGUGUUGAAGAAGUCCUUGGUCUAUAUCCCCACAUGUUGUGGCGACCAAUUGCCUUAUAUGUGCAGGCUGCAGGCUUGGUCAGCAAUAUUUGCAAAUCCAGUUCACUCCAGACAAUGCAACGCGACCUACCCUAUGGACCAGGUGACACCUUGGGUCUUCCAAACAUACCAUCUGUUACUGCUGCUGAGCACUUGGCUCUCUCUUUAUCUGUUCCCGUUGUUCUACGCUUUGUGUUCUUCUCCCUUGGCCUACCCCUUUGUACUUCCAUAACAACCCGCUGAAUCCAGCCAACACCGAAUAGAAAGAAUGGGUAAACCUAAUGCCCAACAGGAUCAUUCCGCCUCAAAAACCAGGACAACGACAAAGACGACGACUAAGCGCAAAAUCAGCUGUUUACCGUGCCGAUUAAAGAAAGUGAAAUGCGAUGGCAACAGGCCAUGUCAACGAUGCCAAGCCAAAGACACAAACUGUUUGUAUGCCAAGCCGGCACCCGUCGGACGUCCGCCCAAGAACGCUGUAGUCAACAAACUUGUGCUGGCCCGGAACGAAGAACCGAUACCGUCCCUGUCGUCAUCACUGUGCAAAGAGUUCAUCUUUGAGCAUGUUUCCUACACCAAAACGCCCAACGACACAUCCUAUUUGUUUAGCGGUAAAGAGAUCGGUCUCCAGUACUAUAUCAAAGACAUAUUCUCUGCCUUCUUCGGGCCGGACAACAGUGCUUGUAACGAGAUCGUGGAAGGACAAAAGAUGACCAAAGCUGGCGAACUCGCAAAGUUGGUGAGCAAUGUCAAAAUGUACGAUAUGCUCCAGUACUUUACAUGGAUGACGUCCGACUUGAUCAACAUUAUGAUUCGACGGUUCAGCAGGUUGUCGCUGGACAAUUACAUUGAGCCAGAUUUCACCCUGUACAGCUUGCAAAUUGAUCACAGCAAGGACUUUUUUGGGGAUGCAGCCGAUAAUGCAGUCAAUCCACUCAACUCUUUACCACCUCAGCAGGCUAUGCGCUUCAUUGAAUGUUUCUUUUGCAUCCAUCCCUACUCGCUCAUGUUCAACAAGACCAUGAUCAUGCAGAGUUACUGGACAGAUUCGGCAGAUCCGCUGCUGAUGACCGUCAUUUAUGGUACAACUGCAUACAUUUCUCAGCUUUUGGAAGGCAAACCCGUCGCAUUGUGGGAGACUGUAACUACGGAAACCCAUCGCAAUGCAUUUCUCAACUACGCCUACGUCCUCAUCAACAAGUCGUCCGCCGAGGCAAGCUUGAGCAGAUACCAGGCACUUAUUCUGUUGGCCUUGUUCGAGGUUACAUUUGGAUAUGCCAAGCGGGGCAUGUCUCUGUUUGCAUUGGGACACAUGAUUGCUACGCGGGUUGGAUUGUUUCUCAAAACAAGACAGAGGAUGUCGGAUGUCGAAGAAGAGUCGUGUUUAAUGACAUUUUGGUCAGCAUACAACUGCACUAUGCGAGGGUGUAUCGAAAUGGACCAAGUACCCCGAGAAGUACUAAACAAAUUCACGCGUCCUUUCCCACCUGCGCGAGUCGAAGAAUCUGCAUCGUAUCGAUUCGACCAAGAAAACAAUAACGUUCGCAUGUUCAAGUCAUAUCAUUACCUGAUCGAAAGCUUUUACUGCCAAUCCGUCAUAUCGCAAUUCAGCAGCAGACUUUUCAUGUACUUUCCUGAAAGCAAACAAAACAUCUUUCGACGCCGGCCAUCAUUUAUUUCGACAACCCUUUCAGAUAGCACCGCGUUAUCACUCGCGCAGGUCGACAUUGAAGAGGCCUUGAACAGCGUUCUCAACCAAUUCAGCGUAUUUAUCGAAACAAACCGACACCGAUGGUCUACUCAACAACAAUACACAAUCGAAUCUACAUAUAUACUCUACAAGAUCCACUUUUCGUUCCUGAAACUGUAUGUAUUAACAGCCAAGCUUGACGGCAUCUAUGAAAGCAGGCCGCUUUCCGGGAAUCGACGACAUGGACGAAUACCAGUACCUGUAGCGACUACCAACAUUGACAUGGAGAUGCCGAUCGAUUUAGACGAUAUAGAAGUCGUGAUCCGGAUGCAUUUAGUUGUGCCCAUGGCGGUCGACUUAUUGGAAAAGACGCGCAUAUAUCUGGCGUCACCUGCCAACUACAACAAUCAACCAGCAUGGCUGCCCCAUGGCCUUGUUGCUUCUGCUCUGGAAACGAGUGCCAAGAUUCUGAUGCUCAAGUAUCGCCGUGAUCCAUGGGAUUUGCAGACCUGGCACCAUUUGGAAGCCGUGCGUACGAUUACAUCGAAUCAUCGCUGGGCUAUUUGGACAUCUAUGCUCCUGAUUGAAAAGAAACUCUCCGAAUUUUUCGAACAAUACCCGGCCCCGCCUUCAGGGAACAACGACAACGACAACGACAAUAGUAACACCGACACAACUGUAUCGUCACUAUUUUUGAGGUCAACCGCUUCUCCAGUACCGUCAGUAGAACUAUUUGAUACCUCGAACAACGCUUCAAGUUUGGAAUCGAGUGUUUCGCCUGUUCCAUAUUUCUUUGACGAACCUAGCAACAGCAGUAACAACAAUCCUGUCACUGCUUUUGAAGCUUCGUCAUCAUUGUCCACUGAUGUAGCCGGAAUACCGACAGAGUUAUUAUUGGAUGAAGCUAUGGCACCGCUGGAAGCAUCGAUUGAUUCUAGUAUAACGUUACCGGUAGAGUUAUUCGCGGGUAUGGGUCUGUUUGGGACGACAGAUGUGGUCAUGGCAACUGAUACUACUGCUAGUACAACCUGUCUGACGACGAAUAAUAGCGCUGAAUGUAGUAUAAGGGACCAACAGCAACAGCAUGUGGAUUUUGCAAUAGAUUCUGUUCUUGGAGAAUAUCGUAAUUAGCUUUGUAAAUUUAACUUUUGUCAUUUUAAAAUGUGCUUGUACUAUUGAUAUACACAAUUUUUUUUCACUACUGUAUCCGUGAUCUCGUUUCCUUAACUUUAUUUUGCAAAAGAUUGGUUAUAAAAAAGGCAUCCGCUGCGUUGAUCAUGUGGGCACUGCCGAAAAGACUAACCCAUCUCCCUUCCUGCAUAACUAUAUAGCUCUUCGUCAUCUAGUACGGUAGCAUAUCUGUUAAACCUCCAGAUUAUCGAAAUCUAAGGGGCAAACUGAGGAACGUAACCUCGAAACGUUAUUGACAGCGAUAUAUUAUACAAUGCAUUGAAAAGUAUGAAUCAAAAUUUAUUAGAGAAAAUGACGUGAUAAGAUAAAUGGUUGCAAGAACCGAGUU